CUUCACACUUAAACUUAAUACAUCUCGACUCGUAGAAAUCCAACCCAUUUAUCGUAUUAUGCAAUAUCUAAUCUCCUUUUUAUAUUAGUACAUACAAUUAACAUUAACACGAAAUUAAACACGAAAACGACUCAGUUAUACAGUAAUACAAUGUACAUGGAGUAUGAUUUACCUAAAACUUUCAUGUAGGAGUUGAACCUUUCUCUCUCUAAAUCCGCCUUUAGUUGCCAAUAUCACCCUUCGUGAUCCACGGUUCACACACACUCCCCCUCUUACCUUCUUCUUCUUCUUCUUCUUCUUCUUCUUCUUCUUCUUCUUCUUCUUCUUUUUCUUCUGUGCUGCUCAUUAUGAGCUUUCUCUCUCUAAGCUCACGCAAACUACACAUGGGUUUUGCCUCUUGGGAGCUUCUAAAAUGAGGGCAGCCAGGGAAGUUCACUGGAAUAUGAAGAAAUUUGCUUUAGUUCUUACGCUAUUUCUCUCUCUAAAAACAGUAGUUUUCAGUGUUACAGAUCCUGGUGACCUUGCAAUUCUGAAUGACUUCAGAAAAAACCUGGAAAAUCCUGAGCUUCUAAAAUGGCCUAGUGAAGGAGAUGAUGAUCCAUGUGGAAAUAAGUGGGAGUUUGUGUAUUGUGCAGAUGGAAGAGUUACCCAAAUUCAAGCUAAAAGUCUAGGGUUAAAGGGUACUUUGCCUAAAGAUUUCAACAAUUUGGAAAUGCUCUCAAAUUUGGGUCUUCAGCACAAUGAAUUGACUGGUAUGAUACCUUCUUUUAAUGGGUUAAAAGAGUUGAAGUUUGCAUUCUUAGAUUUUAAUAAUUUUACUGCAAUUCCUGCUGAUUUCUUUGUUGGGUUAGUUAAUUUACAAGUAAUGGCAUUGGAUCAUAACCCUAAUUUGAAUGCUACUACUGGCUGGUCUCUCCCUAUUGGGUUGCAAGAUUCAGCUCAGUUGGCUACUUUGUCAUUGGUGUCUACUAAUUUGGUUGGUCCAUUGCCUGAUUAUUUGGGGGGGUUUGGGUCAUUGACCGAGCUUCGAUUGUCAUCGAAUCGAAUCUCCGGUGGGAUUCCGGCGAGUUUAAAUGGGUCGAAUUUGCAAACACUUUGGUUGAAUGGACAAGGUGGUGGUGGGAUGAGUGGUACUCUUGAUUUGAUUGUGACAAUGGAGUCAUUAACUACUGCUUGGCUUCAUGGGAAUCAGUUUAGUGGGGUAAUUCCUUCCAACAUUGGGAAUUUGGCUAGUUUGAAGAAACUAAAUCUUAACUCAAAUCAACUUGUUGGGUUGAUUCCGGCUAGCUUGGCUGAUAUGGAAUUGGAUCAAUUGGAUUUGAACAAUAAUCAUUUCAUGGGUCCGAUUCCUGAGUUUAAGACUAAGAAUGUUACAUAUGAGUCGAAUUACUUUUGUCAAAAAACUCAAGGAGAUCUUUGUGCUCCAGAAGUCAUGGCACUUAUCGAUUUCUUGGGUGGGUUAGAAUAUCCAUCGAUCCUUAGUGCUUCGUGGUCAACUAAUAAUCCAUGUGUUGGAUGGUUGGGAGUGAUUUGCAAUGACAAUAAACAAGUUAGUGUCAUUAAUUUGCCUAAUCGCGGCCUUAAUGGUACACUAAGCUCCUCUCUUGGGAUGCUCAAAUCCCUUGAAAAAAUUAUACUCAAUCACAACAGUAUCACUGGUCAAGUUCCCUUGAACUGGACCGAUGUGAAUUCCCUCACAACCGUAGAUUUGAGUCACAACAAUCUUUCCCCUCCAUGGCCGAAAUUCAGCAAAAACGUCAAACUUGUUAUUGAUGGAAAUUCUCCUCUUAUUUCCCCCCCUCCAUCACAAACUUCAGCACCAAAUGGUCAAUCUUCAGCACCAAAAAAUGGUCCAUCUUCAGCACCAAAAAAUGGUCAAUCUUCACCCUCAAAGAACUCCGGUCCUUCUCAAACAUCAGAAACUAGAAGCCCUGAUGCCCCUAAAAGAUCUAAACUGGUUGCUAUUGUAGCUCCUGCUGCAAGUUUUGCUGCCCUUUUAUUACUGGUGGUUCCUUUGUCAAUUUAUUACUGUAAAAGGAAGAAACAUAUCCACCAAGACCCAAGCUCCUUUGUGAUUUACCCAAGAGAAGCAUCAGAUUCAGAUAACGCCGUUAAAAUUGUUGUUGCUAAUAACACCAAUGGCAAUACAUCAAUUGGAAGCGGUUCUGCUAGUAGGAAUAGCAGCGGAACGGGUGAGUCCCAUGUCAUUGAAGCUGGAAAUUUGGUGAUAUCAGUUCAAGUUCUCAGAAAUGUGACCAAAAACUUUGCCCCUGAGAAUGAGCUUGGCCGUGGUGGGUUUGGAGUUGUUUACCAGGGGGAAUUGGAGGAUGGAACUAAAAUAGCAGUGAAGAGAAUGGAAGCGGGUGUGAUUAACAACAAAGCGUCAGAUGAAUUCCAAUCUGAAAUAGCAGUCUUGUCUAAAGUCCGUCAUCGACAUUUGGUAUCUCUUCUGGGAUACUCAGUUGAAGGGAAUGAGAGAAUAUUGGUGUAUGAGUAUAUGCCUCAAGGGGCACUUAGCAGGCAUCUCUUCCACUGGAAGACUUUCAAUCUGGAGCCUCUUUCGUGGAAAAGGAGGUUAAAUAUUGCUUUGGAUGUGGCACGAGCAGUGGAAUAUCUUCACAGCUUGGCACAUCAGAGUUUCAUACACAGAGACCUCAAACCUUCCAAUAUUUUGCUUGGUGAUGAUUUCAGAGCAAAAGUUGCAGAUUUUGGGCUGGUAAAACUUGCUCCUGACCAAGGGCAACAAUCUGUGGUCACGAGGCUGGCUGGAACAUUUGGAUACAUGGCACCCGAAUAUGCUGUCACAGGCAAAAUCACAACGAAAACAGAUGUUUUCAGCUUUGGUGUGGUGUUAAUGGAGUUAUUAAUGGGAGUUACGGCACUGGAUGACCACAGACCUGAGGAACAGCAGUACUUGGCAGCAUGGUUCUGGCGGAUAAAAUCAGAUAGAGAAAAGCUAUUGGCAGCCAUCGAUCCAGUUCUUGAUAUUAAAGGAGAAACAGUUGAAAGUAUCAUAGCAAUCGCGGAGUUAGCAGGCCACUGCACAGCCAGAGAGCCCAAUCAACGGCCCGAUAUGGGCCAUGCUGUCAAUGUACUGGCCCCACUAGUCGAGAUUUGGAAGCCAUGGGAUGAUGAUACUGAAGAUUACUCUGGAAUUGAUUAUAAUCUUCCCUUAACUCAAAUGGUGAAGGGAUGGCAGGAGGCUGAAGGGAAAGACAUGAGUUAUACAGAUCUUGAAGAUAGCAAAGGUAGUAUCCCUGCUAGGCCUACUGGGUUUGCUGAGUCCUUUACCUCUGCUGAUGGUCGAUAGAGAGAGCAUUUUGUUGAUAUUUUGUAUUUAUAUUUUUGUAGAUAAAGUUUGUUGUUUUCAACUUCCCUUAAUGAUCUUUUAGCAUCACUUGUGUUCAUAUCAUUUUAUGAAUUAAUGUUGUUGUACUUGGUAUUUGAUGUUUGAAGUUGGUAAAAGUGUAAAACUCAAACUGUACAAUAGAUCUCCCAUUCUGGGUUCAAGUUUUUUACUUAUUUUUUUACGCAAAAA